AUGAACGUAUCGUACCACGCAACUGUUAUCAGAUCUACGACUGUUUGCCUGCAUCUCCGACGUGGUUGGACGUAUCUGGACUUACGUAAUAGUAACAUCACCGUUCUUCCAACGAAUCUACUCGAAGACUUGUCAGAAUUAUCUCUUCUUCUAUUAUCUAAUAAUCGACUUGUAGGUCUCCCUUAUAACACAUUCAUUGGGCUGUCCAAGCUUACUCUUCUGGAUAUUGGCGAUAAUUACUUAGCAGUUCUUCCGGGUAAUAUAUUCAAGGACUUGUUAGAACUUACUCAUCUUAUAAUGUAUAAUAAUAACAUAAUAUAUCUUCCUAAUGACAUAUUCAAUGGACUGUCAAACCUCACUUACCUAGACCUAUACAAGAAUAAAAUUACAUUUCUUCCUUAUAAUGUAUUCAACGGCUUGACUAACCUACGGGUUCUUAGUCUGCGUUGGAAUAACAUAUUAACUCUCCCUCCUAACGUUUUUAGUGGACUUUCUCAACUUUCCUAUCUCGACCUAUACAACAAUAACCUUGUGUUUAUCCCUUAUAAUAUCUUAAGUGGUCUAUCUAAACUUCGCCGCCUCUUCCUUAACAACAAUGAUAUAAUACUUCUUCCGGACAACCUUUUCAAUGGUCUAUCGGAACUUCAGUAUCUAGAUUUGUCACAUAAUAAUAUAGCAGCUAUUCCAUUUAAUCUGUUCAUGGGGCUGUCUAAACUGACUGACUUAUAUCUGCACUGCAACAACUUAGUAGAUCUUCCCAAUGAUGUAUUUGUUGUUAGUAAUUCAAUUGGACAUCAAAACCUAUUGAAUAAUGAGUCAGCUGUCGUAUCACCUUUACCCGAGAACCUUUUAAGAGUAGACCUGGCAUUAAAUUCAUUGGUCCAUUUACCACGUCUACCAAGAACACUCUCUGAAAUUAAUAUUCGGGGCAACAACAUAAAAGUGACCGAAAAUAUGUUUAAGGGUUUAUAUAACCUAACGAAAAUAUUGACUGCCAAUCUCUUCGUUUGUUGUGUUAAGCCGACACCCGAGACUGAGUGUUUUGAACCAAUAUCAUCAUUGCAGACUUGUCAUAGGAACCCAGACACCUGUAGAUAUAAAGGUCAUGCAAUAUCAUCAUGUUAUGCCUUGAUAAGUUCAUAUAUUCUAAAAACCUGCCUUUGGAUAAUUGGAAUUUGUGCUUUAACAGGAAAUCUUGCCGUCAUAGUCUACAGAAUAUUCUUUGACAGAGAAAACAUUACAAAGAACUAUUCAAUGUUCACAUUGAAUUUGGCUAUUUCUGAUUUACUAAUGGGUAUCUACCUUCUGAUAAUAGGUAUGGUUGAUGCGCAUUAUAACGGUGUAUAUGCCUGGAAUGACCAGAAAUGGAGAAAGAGCAUUUUAUGUACCACGGCAGGUAUCCUAUCUAGUGUAUCCAGCGAAAUGUCGACAUUUCUUAUUUUAAUGGUUUCAGUAGACAGACUAAUUGUUAUUAUGUUCCCCCUAUCCCGUCUCUCCCGACGGAGUAUUUCAUGGAGAAUGGCACUGAUUGUCUCAGUGUUAUUCUGGAUAGUCUCCGUAACGCUGGCAAUCAUCCCUACGGUCACUCUGCAAUCCUACUUCAAAGGCGAAUUCUACUCUCAAUCAAGUGUAUGCCUCGCCCUUCCUCUUACAAAGGACAUCCAAUCAGGAACAGAAUAUUCCUUUGCUGUAUUUGUUUAUCUCAACAGCAUCAUCUUCACUAUUAUAGUGGUAUGUCAGAUAUGUAUUUUCAAAAGUAUCAGAACCAGUGGAAGACGAGUUACAUCAUCACAGAAUCGCCAAAGAGAGACGAAUGUUGCAAUAACUCUGUUCUUUGUGGUAGUGACAGACUUUUGCUGUUGGUGUCCCAUUGGUAUCAUGGGUUUGGCUUCUAGAUAUCGGGUGGAGAUUCCUGGGGGCGUGUAUGCCUGGGUGAUGGUGUUCGUACUACCAAUUAAUGCCGCCAUCAAUCCGUUUCUGUACACCGCUACAGCUAUCUGGAGGCGAAGACAAAAGAUAACAACCCCCCUGCCGUCACUGAAACCAUGUUAUGAAAUUGGAGAGAAAAUAUCUGUAAAUCAUGAAAAAAGAACCGCUGUAUUGUUUUACUAAUUAUAUACGGCAAUUGAAAACCAAUACAAGUGAGAACUAUUUAGAUUGCCAUAUCACACAGCGAAAGGGCACACACAUGUAUAUGGCAUAUGUAUAGGUUUCAGAUUAUGCCUAUCAACACAGAGGUCAUGCUUCAUUGUUGCGCGUGUUUGCCAGACAUUAUAGUGACCAUAGUCUACUAAAGGAGUGAACUAUCUUUGGUAACACGUAAUGCGCAUGUGUACAGAGACAAGAAGUUACCGUGCGCAUGUCCAGUCGACUAUGCUGCAACCACCGACUUAACUUUGGUCCGACCACGGCAACUAGACUUCAUUUGGGCAUUUGUCAUCAUUUUGAAGCACGAUAGUGAAUGGAUAUUGUUUAUCUGCAAAAGUACCCCAUUAGACGAAAAAGCCUAACUAAAGUAAAAACACUGAUGAACGAACUCGGUUGUUUUUAUAAAGGACACUUAUUAGAAAUAUGUGAUACGAGCAGUUGUACUCUGGUGCAAGAUCUACCAUACUAGCUAAGGUAGUCUCUGCCUAAAUAUAAGCCUGAAUAUAAAGAGCACCCUGAUCGGGGGUCAGUCGACCUAGUUAUUCAGGUUAGAGAGCCAGUCAAAUCAGUUAUGGACCAGUCGAGCCGGGGAAUCAGUGUGUUGGAGAGAGUAAUAUUGCUGUACUGAAGAUAUAUAAUCAUAUAUCAAUAUACACCGGAAGAGCCCAGCAAAGGGUGAAAGCUGCUAGGAAGUUGAUCGUCCAUUUUUGUUAUUUUUCCUUAUAUAUUAACCUUAUUUCAGGACCAUUAAAUGGUCUGGAACUAUAUAUAACAUAGUUUUUGGUUUCAUUUAAAGUGUAGCUUGCAAGCCAGCCUUAAAUAUGUAACGGAUAUCUUCCGAAUGUGACUUCCGGAAAUCUGGAAUUUCGCAUUUACCUGUUUAAGGAGAGUCUAGGGACGUGUACUGGGUUGUAUCAUACGUACAAAGACGAGAAACGGCUUUCCACAAGAAUUUGGGGUGUUAAUUUUGGAAUCGAUAUUUGAAACAGAACGCGAACAGAAUGCUGCAGAUAAAUAUCUUAUUUGAAAAGAGGGGAUGGUUAUAGAUGGUAUAUUUAGCACCAUGAAGAGACCAAGGUCACAGUGGAUGGACCAUGGUCGGAGAAUUUUAUCUUUUUGUAGGAUUGUGUUAGAGUAGGACUGAUCGAAUAUGGAAAUGUCAAGUAGGGACAUAAUAGAAAUUAAUCAAAGAAACCAUUCAAUCACACAGAGUCGCAUUGAAUCAUUGGCUUAGUGAAUGAAUCGUGUCAUACAGUUUUAUGGAAGUUUUUGCAUUCAAUGAAAAUAUGAGGUUUAUUUUAUCAAGCUAAAAUGUUCAAAGAUGUGUGUAAAUCAAAACAGACAAGUUAAAUGCCAUCUUUAAUACAUUUUAUUUACAUUAAACAUAGUUGAAAUUUCACACAGACUGAAAAGAUAUCACGAUAUAUUGAUACAUAUAUAAUUUCUCACACCUUUACAUAUGUAAGAUAAAUUUGUCGCAUGUGUACCACCCAUGUGGGAUAUCUCUACCCCACAUAGGUGCACCGAUUGACCGCAGUUCCGGGAUUCCUUUUUUUAUUGUGUGACGUCAGUGGGAAAACACUUCUGUUUGUUUAUACAUCUUUUCAUUUUGUCUAUGUGCCAUUUGAACCAAUUAUCAAUUGUGAACAUUGACUUAUAGAUUCAGUCAUAUUGUUACUGUUUGUCGAGAAUGUAUUUUUACAGCGGAAGACUAGAUAUGUUUCGUUGGGCAAGCAAUCAUAGGCGGAGGAAUAUGACGUUAUGUCAAACAGUUUCCGGAAAGCCGAUCACCACAAAACAUCAAACAUUAAUCAAAAUACAUUUGCUCUUAUCUUGACACUUUGACAGUCAGCUUAUUUUUCAAGUUAUACCAUAAUUUGUUCCCAUCUUUAUAAAUAUAUAAUUGGUUUUAUUGUCGGUCACCGAGAAAAAAAUACAAAGUGUUUUUUUAUAGUUUCGCCAUGUUGGAUCAAUUUCCCCAUGCAUUUCACGAAAAAGGUGUGAGAAAAAUAGUCCAUUAUAUGUUAGGUAUGUGGGAUAGAGAAAUCCCUACAUAUGAUGUACUCUAUUAAUCUAUAAUUGGCAUAUAGUAAUAACGACAGUGCAGACAGGUAACAAGUUUAUUUGUCUAUACUGCCGUUAUUACUACAUGAACAAUUAUCUAUUUCCAGUAAUACGCAUCCAGCGAACAUCUGUUUGUUAGGAUCAAUUACCUAUAUUUGAGUCAUUACUCACUAGAGCCUAUAAACUGUAUACCUGGUAAUUUUCCCAUUCAUUUAAUUUUCGCCAUUUUCGCCCUUUGAAGAUAGGGCGAGUUUAAGACUAAGGCGAACAUUUCUGAAUUCCGAGGGCAACUGUAUUGAGAUUUCCGAACGGAAUUUUUCGAUUUUAUACACGAGGAAAAGGAUAUUUCUUGAAAACCAUCUAGGGCGAAUUUUAACGGGACAAAUAUGUUCUGUGUUGCUCAAGGACGAAAAUUACCAGGUUUACAGUAUUUAUGUCUAUAUAUGUAUAUAGCAUAUAUACCUGCUGGUAUAUUUAUAUAUGUACAAAUGUAUUUAUCAUCGUUUUAUUCUGAGUAAAUAUUCAUUGAUGGAGUAAAUCAUCAGAAAAAAUAUUAAUAUCGUGAUUUUAUAGGAUAAAUAAUUAUGAUCACAUCGUUAAG